CGUCGGGAUUUCCGCAUCGCCAUAUUGGUGUCGUUGCGUCAGGAUGAAGUAGCUAGCUGAGCGACUCGUGGAAAGGGACAUUAUCAUUAUGGAGAGGACCGUCUGACCACGGCGAGGCUUACAUUUGGAAUUACAGGUGAGGCUGUGAAGGCAUCCUGAGACCAUGUUGGCUCAUCUGUUCAGGCUCCAUGGCCUGCUGGUGGCCUCCCACCCGUGGGAGGUGAUAGUGGGCACCCUCGUCCUCACCGUCUGCCUGAUGUCCAUGAACAGCCUGGCCGCCAGCAACCAGAUGUGCAGCUGGAACGAGUGCCCCAAAGUGGAGGAGAAAAUCCACAGCAGCGACAUAAUCAUCCUUACAAUCACACGCUGCAUGGCCAUCGUUUACAUCUAUUUCCAGUUCAAGAAUCUACGACAACUGGGAUCCAAAUAUAUACUGGGUAUUGCCGGGUUGUUCACAGUGUUUUCCAGCUUUGUUUUCAGUACGGUGGUCAUACACUUCUUUGGGAAAGAGCUGACAGGCCUUAAUGAAGCCCUGCCGUUCUUUCUCCUGCUCAUUGACCUGUCCAAAGCCUGUGCACUGGCCAAAUUUGCCCUCAGCUCAAACUCUCAGGAGGAGGUGAGGGAGAACAUCUCCCAGGGCAUGGCCAUCUUGGGCCCCACCUUCACCCUGGAUGCUCUGGUUGAGUGUCUGGUCAUUGGGAUUGGCACCAUGUCGGGUGUGCCUCAGUUAGAGAUCAUGUGUUGUUUCGGCUGUAUGUCUGUCCUGGCCAAUUACUUUGUCUUCAUGACCUUCUUCCCUGCGUGUGUCUCCCUUGUCCUGGAGCUGUCCAGGGAAAACCGCGAGGGCCGUCCAAUCUGGCAACUGAGCCACUUUGCCCGUGUGCUGGCCGAAGAAGAGGACAACAAGCCCAACCCUGUGACCCAGAGGGUUAAAAUCAUCAUGUCUCUGGGUCUGGCCUUGGUUCAUGCUCACACUCGACUAGCGGCUGAAAAUCCCGGUCAGAAUCGCACAGUGGACGGGCCCAUAGCUAAGAGACUGGAAGCUGGUGGUACCAUGUUGCCUCUGAAGCUCAGCAGUAUGGACCUGGAACAGGUGAUAACUCUCGGUCUUGCCCUGCUCCUGGCUGUGAAGUACGUCUUCUUUGAGCAAACGGAGACAGAGUCUUCCCUGUCCCUCAAGAGUCCCAUUAUAAGCUCUCCUCAGACUCAGAGGCCCAGGGGGACAGGGGAAUGCUGCUGGAAGGAAUUAUCGGCCCCAAAACCCCAGAAGAUCAUGAACGGUACCAUAGCAACCAACUACACCUCCUCAGCUGCCUCAGACUUGAAACCUUCCCCUGAGGCCGACACAGCGUUCAGAGAGAAGGCGGAGCCUCCAGGAGCCUCAGUGGACAACGGCCCCAGUGUUUCAUGUUUUGGGGAGUCCUUCGCUCUCACACCUUGUGUUCCUCAAAGUCCAGAGGCCCGGACGCUGGAGGAAUGUAUGGCCAUCCUCUCAGAUCCCCAGAGAGGUGCCAGUUUUCUUAGCGAUAAAGAGGUGAUGAACUUGGUAACGUCACGCAACAUCCUGAACUAUAAACUGGAAACUGUCCUUGAGACUCCAGAGAGAGGCGUGGCCAUCAGGAGGGAAAUGCUAUCACCCAAACUGCCUGUUCACUCUGCCUUGGCUUGUCUGCCUUACAAGGACUACGACUAUUCGAAGGUGAUGGGAACUUGCUGUGAGAAUGUCAUUGGCUACAUGCCGGUGCCAGUAGGAGUGGCUGGUCCCCUUCUGUUGGAUGAGAAACAGUUUUACGUUCCCAUGGCGACCACAGAGGGUUGCCUGGUAGCGAGCACAAACAGAGGAUGCAGGGCACUCUCUCUGAGUGGGGGUUGCCGCAGCAGGAUCCUAGCUGACGGUAUGACCAGGGGUCCUGUGGUGAGGCUGCCCUCAGCGUGCCGGGCUGCAGAGGUCAAAGUCUGGCUGGAGACCGUGGACGGAUUCAACGCGAUCAAAGAGGUUUUCGACCGGACCAGCAGGUUUGCUCGUCUGGAGAAGCUGUUUGUGGGUUUAGCCGGGAGGAACUUGUACAUUCGCUUCCAGUCUCAGACGGGAGACGCCAUGGGCAUGAACAUGCUCUCCAAGGGCACCGAGCAGGCUCUGCACAGACUCCAGCAGCAGUAUUCAGAUGUACAGGUGCUUGCGGUCAGUGGGAACUACUGCACUGACAAGAAGUCUUCUGCCGUGAACUGGAUCAUGGGCCGGGGAAAGGCUGCUGUGUGUGAGGCCACCAUCCCUGCCAGUGUGGUCAGGGAGUUGUUAAAAAGCAACACAGCUGCGCUGGUGGAGCUGAACAUCAACAAGAACUUGGUGGGCUCGGCCAUGGCUGGCAGCAUCGGGGGCUUCAAUGCUCACGCUGCCAACAUCGUAGCAGCCAUCUACAUCGCCUGUGGACAGGACCCGGCUCAGACUGUGGGGAGCUCCAACUGUAUCACCCAGAUGGAGCCUGCUGGUCCAGAAGGGGAGGACCUGUACAUCAGCUGCACUAUGCCCUCUUUAGAGCUGGGCACUGUGGGAGGGGGCACCAACCUGCCACCACAGCAGGCCUGUUUGCAGAUGCUUGGUGUCCAAGGUACCAGUUCCAACCAGCCAGGCGAGAACGCGCGUCAGCUGGCCCGCGUGGUCUGCGGCACCGUGCUUGCAGGGGAGCUCUCCCUGAUGGCUGCUCUGGCUGCUGGACACCUCGUCAAGAGCCACAUGACCCACAACAGAUCUAAAGCAAACCUGCCCGAAACACCUUCGUCGAAGUCAGAGACCGCCGCGUGACAAACUGUUGAGUCACUGACUGAGCACUUCAACCAACAGAAGAAACCUUCACUGUGAGAACGGAGAAGACUGAAUGGUCUCCUGAUGACGUGGUUUCUGUGGGUCGAGGACACCCAGACCUUUAAGACUAAUGGGAUAAUAACCCGACCCAACAUGCUGAAGACCACAGGCAACGUGCUUGCUUUGUGUGUCGCCUGACUGAUUGCAUAAAGACUCUUUCGGUUGAGAUGUUACUUAUUUGUGCCAUUUUUCUGCAACUGAACAUUGCAGUAGUGUUUUGGAAAGCGGUUGUUGUUGUUGUUGUUGGCACUGGUCUUUCAGACAACUGUGAAUUAUUGACGGGGUUGGGAUUGGUAAAGUCGACCGCGCUGCAAGUCUUGAAUGAGCAUCCUAUGCCUGUGAAAUGUCGUAAGGCCAAAAAGAAAAUGGCUUUUCCUGUCAUGUAAUGGAGAGACAAAGCUCCAUGUUAAUACUUGAUGCAUGAAAUGAGGUUUUCAGACAGCUGGAACAUCUGUUUUUCUCUGAGAAAUUGAUCUUUGCACUUGCCAAAAGCUUGCUUGGGACAGCGCUGCUACAGCUGUAGGCGACAUAUGCUCAAGUUUCAAAUGCCAACUUUCUGCCUGAAUGUGAGCUGUACUAAAUCAGUGUUUUAGGGUAUCACUUGCACAACCCUUCCUGAAUUAAGGUACUGCUGUAUACUGUGUAUGCAGUAGAAUGACUGUGGCUGCUGGUUCGAGGAAAGAAAAAGAACCUGCCAGCAGAGCUGCUUGUCACAAAGUGACUUCUUUGGACUCCGAACCAACUAGACAAAUUGUUACAGGCGGGUUGCUUCUUUGUGUUGAGGUGAAUAGGAAGAGUGGAAAAUCAAAGCCAUAUUAAAGGUGGGGUAAGCGAUUUUAAUCCCAUACACGAGUAUCUCCUCACAGUCUGUAAAUGUAAAACCAAACAACACUAACUUGUUAUUCCAGCUUGGCUUGGUGUUUCAGCUAACUACCUUAAACUACCGGUCCACGGCCGUUGGGCUUACUUUUUUUUCCUACCAGUUUGCCAAGAUACGCCGCUGCUGUGAUGUAGCAGCAACUUUAGCGACAGGGUGCUAACAUCAGGCCGUGUACUACAUCAUGCUAUUGGAUUUCUCCGGAAUCGCUCACCCGAUCUUUUAAGUACUUUAAUAAGCUGUAAUGGUACACUGUUAUGUUUGAAAAGAUCAGAGGAUUUAUUUGCAUGGUGGAGGUUUACUGACAACAGAUCCUUCCGUUAGGAAAAGCAGUGACGCUCAGAUGUGGCCUUACAUCCAGUAUGUCUUGGAGAAGAUGAGCCUUAGCAUGUUCUAGCUAGAAUAAUCAAUUUUAAGCUAUUAAUCAAGUUUUAUUUAAAAAAAAAAAAAUAAACCCUAUGUUCCCUCAUAA